GGUGCAGCAGCGACCGUCACGUGGACUGCUCCGCUUCGCGCUGAAGUCGCCCGACUCUCCACUCCACUCCGAGGUCUCCGUCCGAUACGGCAGGUCUCCCGGCUCGACCGAAAAGAAACAAACAUGCAAGCCCCUCUCACCGGUCCCUCGGCGCAUAAUCAAUUGUUACAGGAGUCGGUGCAACCGAAGCGUUUCGAAGACGGCAGGCAGGCAGGUGAGAGGUGACUCAUCAGACUCAGUCAUCCUGUUCAGGAAAAAGAUUAUAUGAUCCUGGCAAAUGCGAACCAGCUGAGCUGCUACGGUAGCCAUCGAGCAGAAGCAACCAAGCCGUUCAGGCUAAUUCUCGCGCGCUAGAGGAGUCCGCAGCGGCAGCUGGCAUUGGCGACGUACACCCCGAAGCUCCUAGCUGCAAAUUCUCACGCACGUACGGAUGCAGGCGCCUGCCGGGAGGACGUGGUCGCCGAUGGCAACGGAGGCCAACCCCUACGCGAUGCCGGCGCCGGCGCAGAAGAGCACCAAGGAGACGGUGAAGAACGCGCUGUCGCUGUGGGGGCGGAAGGUCGGCGAGGCGACCAGGAAGGCCGAGGACCUGUCACGCAACACAUGGCAGCACCUUCGGACAGCGCCGAGCAUCACGGAGGCGGCGGUGGGGAGGAUAGCGCAGGGGACCAAGGUCCUGGCGGAAGGCGGCCACGACAAGAUCUUCCGGCAGGCCUUCAGCGCGCCGCCGGACGAGCAGCUCCGAAAGUCGUACGCGUGCUACCUGUCCACGUCCGCCGGCCCGGUCAUGGGGGUCAUGUACCUCUCCACGGCCAGGGUUGCCUUCUGCAGCGACAACCCGCUCUCCUACGAGGCCUCCGGCGGCGACAGGACAGAAUGGAGCUAUUACAAGGUGGCGAUUCCUCUGCACCGGCUGAGGGCCGCGAUCCCGUCGGCCAGCAAGCUGAAGCCCGCGGAGAAGUUCAUCCAGCUCGUUUCGGUGGAGAACCACGAGUUCUGGCUGAUGGGGUUCGUCAACUACGGCAGCGCGGUCAUGCACUUGCAAGAAGUUCUCAGCGGCUUCCACAAUUUGCAGGCGUGACCGUGUGACGUACGACGACGGUCGAUCGGCAUCGGCGUUGAGUAUACCUGUGGACUGUGGUGGUAGUGGUUGUUCGCUAAUACAGUCCGGAGUAGCCGCGUGUCUGUGCUUUGUUGGUGUUGCUGAGGAACCGACGCAUUGCAAUUUGCAGUAUGUUGCUUACUGCUACUCUGGUGCUACAGCGACUACUGUUCGAUUAUCUUCCUGAUACCGAAGUUGUACUUACCCAGGGAAUGUUUGCUGUAAAAAUUAUACAGAGAGCCAAAGGAAGAAAUCAGACGAUUACGAAAUUGCA